CCCCCCUCCCCCUUUCCUCUCUGUGUCCUGGCGGCCAGAGUGACAAACCCUUUUCCCGGAAAGCAGCAGUUUGGGGCAUUCUCAUUUUCUGUGUUUCUUUCCUGUGCCCUCACUUUUUCUUGGUUCUGCAACCCAGGCUUUUUUUUUUUGAAUUGGGUUGUGACUCUCUUUUUCUCCUGGCCUGGGACGUCCAUAUAACUGUUUGUGGCAUUUUUCUUUCUUUCUCUUUUUUUUUAAAAUUUAUUUAUGAUAGUCACACACACACAGAGAGAGAGAGAGAGAGAGAGAGGCAGAGACACAGGCAGAGGGAGAAGCAGGCUCCAUGCACCGGGAGCCCGAAGUGGGAUUCGAUCCCAGGGCUCCAGGAUCGCGCCCUGGGCCAAAGGCAGGCGCCAAACCGCUGCGCCACCCAGGGAUCCCAGCAUUUUUCUUUCGUUAGUGGCGAUGCCCCGAGUACUCCAAGAUUCUCGGCUCUGCCGCCCGGAUAGUUGGGCAGGUCCUCUGGUUCUGGACCACAGCAGGGAGAGGCGCAGGAAGGCACCUGAGUAUUUGGGGCUGCAGCGUUGAAGGGUUGAGGUCAUCAGGAGAAGCUACGUGGUGCUAACAUUAACUGGACAAAUGUCUUUUAGUGUCUCAGUGGUCUCUGACUUUUUUCUUUAAAGAUUUUAUUUAUUUAUUUGAGAGAAAGAGAGCUCACAUGCAGGGGGGAUGGGACGGAGGGAGAAGCAGAAGCAGACUCUCCGAUGAACAGGGAGCCGGAGACAAGGCUCCAUCCCAGGACCCUGACCCCCGGACCCCGGGAUCAUGACCUGGAUCCCGGGAUCAUGACCUGAGCCGAAGGCAGACACUUCACCGACUGAGCCAUCCAGGUGCCCCAUCUCCUUGACUUCAAUACAAAGCCCAUUUUGAUGGUUUCUGCAUUUCCCUCCCCCUUCUUUCCUCCCCAAGCCCCCAUGGUGUCUGCAUAUCUUUUUUACCUCUGUCUCUCAUCAACUGAGUUGUCUCCCUGCCUCUAGUUUGCCAAAUGGCAUUUCCUCCUUUUUCUUCUCAUAGGAAAUGACCUGGUUUCAGUUGCUUCUUGGGUGAUUUCAACACAUGUGUUGGUUGCCCCAACGUGAGACGUGUCCUGAGAGUAGGAUGAAUCAGCUGGAAUGUGCACGGUGGUGCUUUCCCGACCCAAGCAGGCUGCGGCUUUCCCAGGCCAGGGGGGCAGUUUGCUAUUCUGCAUUCUGAUGAUUAUCCUUUUUUUUUCCCUAGACGCUGAUUCACUUAGGGGUUCCACAAAGGGUGGAGAGCAAAUAUUUGGAGUGGGAAAAAGGCGGCCUUACAGGAUGGGUCCAACUUCCUGGAGUGAGCGUCCUUUAAGGGCCCAGCGGAAGGGGGUGGGCGGCCCUCCUCUCGAACCGGAGGUUCUGUCCAUGUUUGUGCCUCCCUUCGUCACUAAGGAGGACAGUCAGACGGCCGGCGCCCCCUGUGCCACCCUGAGCAAGACCAGGAGGCGCUCCUUCAGAAAGAAGAGGGACAAGCCCAAAUCCGAGCCCUGGAAGGGCCUCCCUCCCGAAGAUAUCACUGUCCCCAAUGGCGUGGACCUGCUCGCCCUGCCUCAGCUCUGCUUCCCAGGGGGCCUGUGUGUGGCCUCCGAACCGAAGGAAGACUGUGUCCACUUUCUGGUGCUGACGGAUGUCUGUGGGAACAGGACGUACGGCGUGGUUGCCCAGUACUACCGACCCCUGCACGACGAGUCCUGCUUCUACAACGGCAAGGCGCACUGGGAGCCGUCCUGGCCGACCGCGGGCGCGGCUGGCUGCUUCGUGCCCUUUGCGGUGUGCGUGGUCUCCAAGCUGCCCUAUUACAACGCCCUCAAGGACUGCCUGUCCUGCUUAUUGACUCAUCUGAAGCUUUGUAAAGAUUUUGAAGUUGACAAUCACAUAAAAGAUUUUGCUGCAAAACUGUCCUUGAUACCUAGCCCACCGCCUGGACCACUUCAUUUGGUAUUUAACAUGAAGCCGCUCCAGAUCGUGUUCCCCUCGCGCGCGGACCCCGAGAGCCCUGUCAUCGACUUGGACCUCCACCUGCCCUUGCUGUGCUUCAGGCCUGAGAAGGUGCUGCAGAUCCUGACGUGCCUCCUCACGGAGCAGCGGAUCGUGUUCUUCUCCUCCAACUGGGCGCUGCUGCCACUGGUCGCCGAGUGCUUCAUGGCCUACCUGCACCCCCUGCAGUGGCAGCACACGUUCGUGCCCGUCCUGUCGGGCCAGAUGCUGGACUUCGUCAUGGCGCCGACGUCUUUCCUCAUGGGCUGCCACCUCGACUACUUUGAAGAAGUCAGCAAGGAGGCGGACGGCCUGGUCCUGAUAAACAUCGAUAACGGGACCAUCACCUGCUCUAACGAUGAGGACGUCGACCUCCCUGACGUCCCCCUGCUGGCGGCACAGACGUUUAUUCAGAGGGUCCAGAGCCUGCAGCUGCACCACGAGCUGGACCUCGCCCACCUGGGUGCCAGCACGGACCUGAACGAGGGGCGUGCCCGCCGGCGGGCCUGGCAGCGGAGGCUCAACUGCCAAGUGCAGCAAGUGGCCUUGCAGCUGCUCUUCAGCAUCUUCAGGGACGUGAAGAAUCACUUAAAUUAUGAACACAGGGUGUUUAAUAGCGAGGAAUUUCUCAAAACCAGAGCUCCGGGGGACCAGCAGUUUUACAGACAGGUGUUGGACACCUACAUGUUUCACGCUUUCCUUAAAGCCCGGCUCAGCAGGAGGAUGGAUGCCUUCGCCCAGAUGGACCUCAACACGCAGUCCGAGGAGGACAGGUUAAAUGGGAUGCUGGCAAGUCCAAGAAGACCAACCAUUGAGAAAAUGGCCUCGCGGAAAUCCUCGGCCCUGCACGCCGUCCACAGGCGGAUGGUGGUCAGCAUGCCCAACCUGCAGGACAUAGCGGUUCCCGAGCUGCUGGCCCGGAACUCGUCGCUGAGGAAAGUCGACUCCACGGGCUGCGGGAGCGUAGUCCUGAACGUGACUCCUCCGUCGACCUACACGUUCAAGAUCCCGGAGAUCCACUUCCCGCUGGUGAGCCAGUGCGUGCAGGCCUACUACUCCGACUGCGUCGCCCUGCUGAGCAAGGCCAUGGGGCUCCUGGCUCCCGACAGCUCCGUGCUCCUGGCGAGGUAUUACUACCUCCGCGGGGCCGUGCACCUGAUGCAGGGGCAGCUGCUGGACGCCCUGCUGGACUUUCAGAGCCUGUACAAGACGGACAUCAGAAUCUUUCCUGCCGAUCUCGUUCGGAGGACGGUGGGGUCCCUGUCGGGUCCCCAGCGCGCCCAGGCCGAGCGGGUGCCUGAGCUGCGGCGGCUCAUCAGCGAGGUGGUGGACAAGCCUGGAGAGGCCCCCAAGCCGGACGACCGCGUGAAGAACUUCGAGCUGCCCAAGAAGCACAUGCAGCUGGAUGACUUCGUGAAGAGGGUGCAGGAGUCGGGCAUCGUGAAGGACACCAACACCAUCCACCGGCUGUUCGAGGCGCUGACCGUGGGACACCAGAAACAGAUUGACCCGGAAACAUUCAAGGAUUUCUACAACUGCUGGAAGGAGGCUGAGGCCGAGGCCCAGGAGGUCAGCCUGCCGCUGUCGGUGACGGAGCAUCUGGAUAAGAACGAGUGCGUGUACAAGCUGUCCAGCUCCGUGAAGACCAACCGCGGCGUGGGCAAGAUCGCCAUGACCCAGAAGCGCCUGUUCCUACUGACGGAAGGGAGGCCGGGCUACGUGGAGAUCUCCACCUUCAGGAACAUCGAGGAAGUGAGAAGCACCACGGUCACGUUUCUGCUUCUGAGAAUUCCGACUCUAAAAAUUAAAGUGGUGUCCAAGAAGGAAGUGUUCGAAGCUAAUCUGAAAACAGAGUGUGACCUGUGGCACCUGAUGGUGAAGGAGAUGUGGGCCGGGAAGAAGCUGGCCGAUGACCACAAGGACCCGCAGUACAUCCAGCAGGCGCUGACGCACGUCCUGCUGAUGGACGCCGUGGUCGGCACGCUGCAGUCGCCCGCUGCCAUCUACGCUGCCUCCAAGUUGUCUCACUUUGACAGGAUGAAGAACGAAAUGUCCACACCAGUUCCCAGGACGACCUCGGAAACCCUGAAGCACAAGAUAAACCCCUCAGCGGGAGAGACUUGCCCACACGCCGUGGACGUCCUGCUGUAUACUCCAGGGCAUCUAGACCCAGCAGAAAAAGUAGAGGACGCCCACCCCAAGUUAUGGUGUGCUCUGGACGAAGGCAAGGUGACCGUGUUUGACGCUUCCUCUUGGACGAUUCACCAGCAGUGCUUCAAAGUGGGCGCCUCCAAGUUGAACUGCAUGGUGAUGGCAGAGCAGAACCAGGUGUGGGUUGGCUCGGAGGACUCGGUCAUCUACAUCAUCAACAUCCACAGCAUGUCCUGCAACAAGCAGCUCACCGACCACCGCUCCAGUGUCACGGACCUGGUUGCUCAGAACGGAACACCCAGCAAGGUGUACUCGUGCAGCGCGGACGGGAUGGUCCUGGCGUGGAACGUGAGCACCCUGCGCGUGACCAGCAGGUUCCAGCUGCCGGGCGGCGGGCUCUCGUCCAUCAGCCUGCAUGACGGCUGCCUGUGGUGCUGUACAGGGACCAGUAUCGUGGCCAUGAUGACCAGCGGGCUCCUCUGUCAAGAACUGAAGGUCAGCGAGAACUUCAAGGAGAUGAGCACGUCCUUCGUGGGUUUCCAGCUCCUCCCCCAGGAGCAGCUCUGGGUGGCGUGCGCCGGACUGGCCAGCAUCUACAUCUGGAGCCUGGCGGACCUGACGCAGCCUCCUCACCGGGUCCCCCUUCAGGACUGCUCCGAGGUCAGCUGCAUGAUCAGAGUGAAGCAGCAGAUCUGGGUAGGCGGCACUGGCCUGUCCCAGGGCCUGGCCAGAGGGAAAAUCUACGUGAUUGACGCCGAGAGGAAGACGGUGGCAAAGGAGCUGGUGGCCCACAUAGACAGGGUGACAACGCUCUGCUCGGCGGAGGACAGAUACGUGCUGAGCGGGUCGGGCGGGGGCGAGGGGAAGAUUGCCAUCUGGAAGGUCGAGUAAACGGGGGGCAGACGGGCCGAGUGGGGCUGUGCUCUGCGGGCCCCGCCCUCCUGCCCCCCCCACCCGUGCUCCCCCAAAAGGUGGGCCGGGGAGCCAGUCGGGGCCCCAGGGGGGUGGGGGUGUGUGGCUGCAUGGCUCUCUACUGUCCCGGUUGAACUGUACCCACAGCGUUUCGGGCUGGUGCUUCGCAGGCAGGCAGCAGGGUCAGGUUGCUAUGAAGUUGCGGUGCGUGCUGUCUAGAACCUUCCGGAGCCCACGAGCAGGGGCCAGCACCAGGGCAGGGAACGGUUUAACCAAAGCACCACCUAUGACCCGCUAGCCUCAGGCCGCUGGUUUGCGUUUCCUCUACUUCAUUCAGCACAAGUAGAGUAAGCGUCGGGUUUAGGGGCGACCCACAGCCUUAAGCUGACCUCGUUCCCAGCAAAGCUGUAAGAGGAGGUGUGUUUAAAUGACCACUUUGUGCUUGAACACAUCCGUGCCUCCUCUCGCUGUGCCCAUGCCGAGCAGGGGCCCGCGGAGGGGACAGAGGGGACAGGGCUGGGCUAGCUGAGGCAAGCUCUGUGUUGGUUUUUUUUUUCCUUUAAUGACAAGUUUUUAUGACGAAGAAACCCAGGGAGACUUUCCUGGCUCUCCCAAAGAUCACAGUUUCAUCUGUAGCUCCACCUAAAAUAGCAGAAUGUAUAAUCGAGUGUUCUAGAAGUCACUGCCGCUCACAGGGACGUCAUUUCCACCGUCCGCAGCUUGUGUGCACCGUGUGUCUCCAUAGAUGGUGCUGUAUUAUUGAACUGAAGACGAUCCUACUCGCUAAAGUAAACAUUUGGGGAAAAAAAGAACCUCUUACACAUUUUUACUACAAUAUUGAGAUUCACUCCCUCGGUGUCCAGCGAGAAAGGCUUUGGCAUAGUUCCCGGAUGUGGAGGGAGCAUCCGCCUCACAGCAGCGUGUGCGGGCCUGCGGCCUGUCCCCGAAGGACCCAGCAGAGCUCAGCCGCAUGGGGGCGGCUGCCGGAACACAGACGCCGCACCAGACCUCACUCACCCCGAGACAGGGCCGAGUGAGGUUUCAGUAGCACCUGGAACCCCCAGAUGAAAGCUUCGACCAGACCUUGGUCUGCAUCUGCAAGGUCCAGAUCACGGACCCAGAUGUUGGGGUGUUCUGGGGGUGCGGUGCCGGGGACAGCCAGGCGGCCUCAGGUGCCUACAGAGGGCGUGUCCCUGACUUCCAGGAGGAGGACUCAGCCGCAGCAAAGGACAGACGUUGAAUUCUGCUUUUGUAAACACAUGAACAACUACAGUCAAUCCUGUCAAAAAUACUCAUAAAUUAUUUAAUGUCAGUCCACACAUAACCAGGUAUUUUCACCUCAUCAAUAAUAAACUCCUUUGUUUAUUAAA